AUGUCAAAAUGUUUUUAUGUUUAGAAAUUAUAUUUAAACUUUCAUCAGAAAUUUAUCAGUUAGUCUAUAAGAAUGCGAUGCAUAUUGAAUGGAGAAGAAAUUGACGUCCCAGAAAGUUUAAUUGAAAACGAAGCUUUAUUCAAAUCUGUUAUCAAUAUUGAAACAUGGAAUACAUUGUCAUACGAAGAGAGAAAUAAUUUAUUGAAAUAUAUUCCUGGUAUCCCAACUAAUGAAUAUAACAAAGAUGAAGAAGAAGAAUUUAAAUUGGAAGCAGUUAGAUUGGCUUUAAGCUCCGAUGAAAACUUUAAGCAUGGUAACCCUACACAAGAAGUAUAUAGAAUGUUAAAAGAUGGUAUGUUAUCACCCAGUGUGCAGAAAAUGAAAAAGAAAUGCAAAAAAUUGAAAUACAAAAACUACAAGCUGAACCAGAAGGAAUAUUAUAAGAACUUAUUGGAAGAAAUUAUUAUUUCAAGACAGUUAGUACUUGACAAAGCUUACCAACAUGGUCCAGGGUACAAGCUUGCAAAGAGAAAAUCAAGUUUGGAGUUUCAAUUCCCUGCAAGUGAGAAGGUGAAGAAGAAAUUUGACAAGAUAAUUCGAGAUGUUGCUGCUGAAUGUGGAGAUGACAAUCCUUCGUCUGAUGAAGAAGGUGUAUCAAACAGCUUCAGUGUGAAUUCAUCACGUUAUGAAAUCCCUAGUAAGUUCCAUAUCGAUGUUGAUGCAUCAUCAAGAAGAUUUUCAGUGUUUCAAAAUGAUGGUGUUACAACCAAUGAUUUUCAUCGUAUGAUGUAUAAACACAAACGGAAACGUGUUUUGUGUGAGAACCAUCCAGAGUUGGAUACCACAAAUAUAAGUUUAGCGGAUGUUAUUGGUAGAUGCAACUCCAUCAAAAAAACAGGAAAGUUCAAGAACAAUAAGUUGAAUAAGAAAAAGAAACUAAAAAAGUUUGAUGCAUCAGAUCAGAAAGUAGAACGAGAAGAUAGUACAAAAGAUAAUGUGGAUAAAAGUGUUCCUGUUGAGAAAAGGAACAAAGACUUGACGAAGAAGUCUCUUGGUCAUGGUUACCCAAAAAUGGGCUCGUUCUUUUCAUUACUUGGUUAUUUCUUCGAACAAGAGCGUGAAAAAAAGUGUUCUAUUGCAAAGCUGGAAGAAAAAGUUGCGUCUUGGCAGAGCCACAAAUCAAGUGAUUUGAGCGGUUGGAAAGCUCUAUAUUCCAGUUGGAUUCCUUUAGUUAAAUAUGCAGUGGAGUAUAUGACAGGUCGAGGGACAGCUUCAUUAUUACAUGAGUUUAUACCACUACUUCUUCCCGACGAUGAAGAGCAUUGGACAUGGACAGGUCCUGAACAUAACAAUGAUGACGUCAUUCUACCUCUGUGUCAUCAUUGGUUUGAAACCUUAAGUCAAGCUAUGAAUGUGGACGCUGUAGAUGAUAAAGACAGACAAACUAUUGAUACUACGAGGACAACUUUCGUUGUACGAAAAAGCACAGACGAAGAAAAAGAUAUUUUCCGAAAACAGGAAAAGGAGCGAUAUGAGAAACCACAUUGUGCGUAUAUCUAUAAAACACAUGGAUAUGAAUCCAUAGUUGGUCCAGUCAAGGGAGUGUUUAGCAAAGAUGCAACAUCAAGCAAAGCACGUGAACACGCCAUGUUGGUGUCAGAUAGACCUGCGUUUGUUACCAUCCUCUGUCUUGUUCGAGAUGCAGUGGCGAGGUUGCCAAAUGGUGAAGGAACCAGGGCAGAGGUGUGUACGCUAUUGAAAGAUUCACAAUUUCUAAACCCGCAAGCAACUGAUAGUCAGGUGCAUGGUGUAGUCAGUGGAGCAUUAGAUCGUCUUCAUGCUGAAAAAGACCCCUGCGUGAAAUUUGAUGCAAUCAGAAAAGUUUGGAUCUACCUACAUCGUGUUCGUUCGGUGGAAAAGUUUGAGAAGCUUCACGAAGCUAGUGCUGCUGCAGCUUUAGCAAAGAAACAAAUCAGUCAUUCAAAACAAAAAGCAGCAAAACAGAAACGAGCUAGCGCUGACCAAGGAGAACAGCUCAAAGAGGGUAAACAAAAGAAAAAUGCUACUCCGAAAUCGAAAAAGUCGAAAAAUGUGGAAACGAAAGACGCUUCGCAAAAAGAAACAGACUCCACCCUAGCGGUACCAAUAGAAGGUCCAAAAAAGAAGCCAGCGAAACGAAAGCGUAGUGCGAACGACACUGGACCAACAAAGCUACCAAAACUAUCUGAUUUUCCUCUUCGAGAAGAUGUAACGGACGAGUUGCAGCUGUCACUGGAAAACUUGAUGGCCACGCAGUCUAUCCUAAGCGGUGACGAGAGUGAUAUGUUCGGAUCAAGCAACCCACCCUGCGAUUUGUUUGACGCGUUUAAUACUUCAAACGAUGACGUUCCAAACUUAUCUAUGGAUCCAUCCUUCGAAGAAUAUAACAUCAGCAACAUUAAUCAAUUGACUGAAGGAAUAAACCAAACAAACGUUCCUGUUACUGUAGGACAGUCACAUGACGUACAGCCUAAUGUAGAUGCAUUGGCAAGCCGUAACAUGCCACAAGAAAAUACUAUGAAAAAUAUUUCUAAUAGAACAUCGUCUCUUAGUGGUCUUUCAGAUAACCAUCAAAAGUCGAUGGCGACUUUUAAGAGUGCUGGUCAACGAAGAAGAUCAACACCUGAGGAAAUACAACUCAGUAUGCCCGUAAGCUUGAUAAGUAAGCCUUCCUCUAGUCCUGUUGCUGCCUUGACCGCUCGUAUGCCAGUCACUGGUCAAAAUGCCCAAUCAAAAAAUCGAAGCAAUACUCAACAAAUACCAUCAAGUAAUUUGCAGGAGCUUCUUCUUCAGAAACAACCACUUGUUCAGCAACAAUUACCAUCGCAGCAAACGCAUGCGCAACAGCAACAAAAGAGCAGCCGAUCAAAAAGUCAAUCGCAAAACAUUGUUUUGUCUAAACACGCCACGUUAACCUCACAAUCACUGCAACAACAGCUACGUCUUCAACAGCUGCAGAACAAAUCAUCACCUCAGCAAAAGGUUGCUCAAGCAGUGGCACUUUCUAGUCUUCAACGCAGUAGCAAUUUGAUAGGCAGACCCACACAACCCCGUACCAGUGCACCAAUAGUACAGUCUCAGAUUGGUUUGUCGUUUGGAAAUCUUCGUGGCACUUCUCUACAAACUUUAAGCCAGUUUAUAACUUCAAAAGUUACACCAGUUGCCGCAACCAAAGCGGCGAGUAAUCCAGAAUCCUUUGCAGCUGUUCCAAGUAGAAACCAGCCCAUACAUAAUCCAUACCAAGUUCAACAGAUGCCACAAAAAAAGGUCGCACCGAAACCGAUUAUUUCUCCAGUAGAAGCACGCAUGCAAUUUCAGUUCCAACAUUCUACUGGUAAUAAUGUAGUCAAAGGUCUUCAGUUGGUUGACAUCAAAGGAAGUCGUGGAAACCAGGUAAUUACUGCUCGGCCACCUGUAACUGUUACUGGUGGAAACCAGGUUAUAGCUGUUUGUUCGCCUGCUGCGGUUACAAAUAUACCUAAAAUUAAUGUAGCCCACAAAACUGCGUUCAAUAGAAUUUCGCCGGUGCAAACCUUUUCAUUAAAUCAACUUAUGGCAGUAGCAAGAAAUCGAGCACCUGGGAUGGAGAGUUCUAAAGGCAAUGUCACUAUUCCCAUUUCUCAAAUCGUGCGUACGUCGACUCCACAAGCCCCGCGAAACGUACAGAAGUCUGUUUCUAUGCAGAACCCUGUUAGCACACAUUUGGUUAUUCAACGGCAAGUUUCGUCAGGAGGCGAUCAAAGCGUCGCGAAUAUCGUGAGAUUAUCAAAGCAAGGAGAGAUACGUACAGCGUCUCCUCAAGCAACGUCUAUGCCAAUCCAAAAAAUUGAAAUGAGUGGCAUUUUCCCUGGUCAACUGCGAGCACAACAUCAACAAGCAAACAGACCUAUUGUUGCUCCGCUAAAGAUUUCUCUGCCAAGAAAUAAUUUCACCGGAGUUGCGUCACCCGUGCGUUUAAUAUCGUCGCCCGGACAGUCACCAGUUCGACUGACGUCAGCUAACAUGCGACUUAUUUCACCCACAACCAAAACCUCCAAUGUAUUUCAGACAACUGCUCCACAACAGAAACCAUCAUUGUAAAUCUUGAAGAAUAAAAUUUGUAAUUUUUC